GGAUUAGAGAAUAUAUGAUAUAUAUACGCUAUUUAUGAGCAUAUUCUAUUUAAAAAAAAUCUGGUAAAUUCCAAUAGAUAGAUCUAUCCAGUUGAACUAUAGUUUGAAGCAAAUUAGUUGAGUCACUAUUUAAGCUUAGACAUCUAUGUGUUUUAAAUGAUAGAUUUUCUAUUUCACUAAUUACUUCUAGAAACAGGACAUAGUAACAUUUUCUUAAAGGGUUGUUAUCUCCUUUUCGUUGAAGAAUCGUAUAAAAGGUGAUUUCUUCAAAUUUAAUCAAGAAUAAGGUCGUUGAAUUUUUGUGCGUACAUGAUCGUUGCGAAGUAUGAAACUUCUGGACUACCACCGAUAAUUCUGCUAAUUUUUAAACUUUCAUAGCCAAUGCCAUUACACAAUUAUUCACUGAUGAAUCCUUGAAAGUUCGACAUAUGUAUUGGGUAUUUCAGCAGCAUUCAAACCAAGUUCGCUUAAUAUUAAGUAGAAAAUUGUGUACGACUAUUCGAAGGAUUUAUGCCUGAUACUUUCCUAAGAAUACUGCUUCAUAUAUAUUUUCAAAAUAUGGACUACACCUGGCUUAUAAAAUAUUUUUUUCUCUCAAAACACGAUUUAUAUGUUGCUUAAUUUCCUUCUUAUUGUUCAUAUGUGCUUUUUUUACAAAAAAAUAAAUAUACGUAAAUAUCAGGAAGAUGACCACCAAACGUCGCAAUCACGGUCGCGCGAAGCCGCCGCACAGCCGCGGGCGCGUUAAACCAGUGCACUGCUUCAACUGCGGCCGUCUGACACCGAAGGAUAAGGCUGUGGGCCGCUUUGUGGUGCGUCGGAUGUUAGACGCCGCCUCGGCCCGCGACGUGGCGGAGGCCUCCCCGAUCUACAGCGUAGGUUUCCCGAUGCCAAAGCUCUACAUGAAGCAGCGUUUCUGUAUCGCGUGCGCGAUUCACAAUCGCACUGUGCGUGCGCGCCCUGUGAAAAACCGUAAGAUCCGCCACACCUGCAAAGUUCCAUACCGUCCGGCCACCAAAAAGUAAGUGCUUGCAUUUAAAGUACAAUUGGUAAACUUCUUUUCCAUCAUUUUAUAAAUUUAUAAAAAUGACAUCUGUAUAUAUCAAUUCUACUAAAA